AUUUUAGUGUAAACAAUGGUUCGUCCCGGUUUAAUGCGAGGUGGUGGCCGUGGUGGAAUGGGAAUGGGUAUGCGUGGUCGUGGAGCACCGUAUAUGAACAAGAAAACAUUCCUGCCGCGCCAUCCCUUCGAUCUUACGCUUGCGGAAAUGGCUUUCCCCCGGGUGCACCCGGCCCCGGACGAUUCCGCCCUGACCAAUGCACUACUGAAGCGCAGCCAAGAUCUCACACCAACCGCAGCAGAACAGACCGCCAUCUCGAACCUCGUUGCCAAGGUGCAGGGCGUGCUGGAUAAUAUCGUGAUUGCGCCCGGUGACUUUACCAAGUGCCAGCUGGAAGAGGUGCGUCAGGUAGGAUCGUACAAAAAGGGCACCAUGAUGGCGGGCAACAAUGUGGCCGAUAUUGUCAUCAUCCUAAAGACACUCCCAACGAAGGAUUGUGCCGAAGCACUCGGCAAAAAAGUGGAGGAAGAUCUUCAAAAGUCAAUGAAAACGGAAGUUGUGCCCAAAGCGGAAGCACUUUCGUUAACGUACAGUGAGAAGGGAUUCGAAAUUUCGAACGCACUCGCGAAGAUACGGUGUCUGAUUGCAACGCUACCUCAGAACAUGCGCAAACUCGAGCCGGAGAAACAUCUCGAUUUCAAAAUCAUCCAAAGGCAUCUGGGCGCCAUCAGACAUACGCGUUGGUUUGAGGAAAAUGCUCACCAUUCAACGAUUAAGGUGCUGAUACGCAUACUCAAGGAUCUUGCCCGUCGUUUCGAUGGGUUUAAACCGUUAAAUCCUUGGAUUUGCGAUCUGCUUGCUCAUUCCGUCAUCAUGAACAACCCGAGCCGACAGGCACUUCCGGUGAACGUUGCUUUCCGGCGCGUAUUUCAACUGCUAGCUUCCGGACUGUUUGUGCCCGGAUCGGCUGGUAUUACGGAUCCGUGCGAGGUGGGUCACUUCCGGGUGCACACAUCGAUGACACUGGUCCAGCAGGAUGAAUGCUGCAUGACGGCACAGACGCUGGUACGUGUGUUGGCUCACGGUGGGUACAAACACAUCCUUGGCUUUGUGGAAAAUACGACCGUCGCGAAGGAAAUGUCUGUUUGGGACGGUGUCGUAGUUUCACCGCUAGAACCAGCGUACGAGAAGCCAUCGGAAAAGAAGGACGGCGAAGAGGACGACAUGGAGUGUGUCGAGGGUGAAACCAUAAAUGAAGAACCGACAGAGUAA